AUGGCUAAAGACAACACAGUCAUCGACAUUACGGAGGAGUCUCCGCUGCUUGGAGAAGACUCUCGGUCCUCCCGCGAUAGCGAAGCGUCCAAUGGCGAAGGAGCCGAGAAGCCCAAGUCGAUACUAGGUGUUCUUUCGGUGCUGCUCAUCGGUGUCUUCGUCGCGAAUGCCGACACCUCGCUGGUACUCGCCACAUACGGCGAGAUCUCGUCCGAAUUCGACAGCCUCAAUAACGCGAGCUGGCUCAUGACGAGCUAUCUGUUGGCCAUGUGCGGCACGCAGCCCAUGUACGGCAAAUUAAGCAACAUCUACGGCCGCAAGACCAUGCUGCUAGCAUCCUACGUUUUCUUCGCUAUUGGCUGCUUUAUCUGUGGCAUGGCUACCAAGAUGUCCCACGUAAUCAUCGGUCGAGUGAUCGGCGGCGCUGGGGGCGCUGGAAUGUACUCCAUAGUGUCGUUCUUGAUCACGGAUCUAGUGCCACUUCGCGACGUUGCAACGUAUCGGAGCUAUGUCAACGUUGUCCAAACGGUUGGGAGGAGCUGUGGAGGUCCCAUUGGAGGCUAUCUCGCGCAGACUAUCGGGUGGAGAUGGUCGUUCCUCAUCCAAACACCCCUCACUAUCGUCGCUCUGCUACUCGUCUGGUGGCGUCUCCAAGUUCCCGCGCCGGCAUUCGACUCAGCGCAGAAGCAAGAAACUAGCAGAGAGAAGCUCGGUCGGAUCGACUUCCUCGGCUCGAUUCUGCUCUGUUCGACUAUCGUAACACUCCUCCUUGCUCUCAGCAUGGGCGGUAACCAAUUCGCCUGGACCUCACCCACGAUCAUCGGUCUGCUAGGUUCGCACCAGCUCCUCGCAAUAGCGUUUUCAUACGUCGAACUCCGCGUCGCGAAAGAGCCCAUCUUCCCGCUUUACCUGCUAAAGCAUCCAAGCGUGGUAUUAACAUACCUCGUUCUAAUAAUGCAAAACAUCGCACAGACCUUGAUGAUGUAUUCCAUCCCCCUCUACUUCCAAGUCACCGCCUCCGUCCUCCCCUCCGUUGCGGGCGCCUACCUCAUCCCCGCCGUCGUCGGCAACACGCUCGGCGGCCUCGCCACUGGCCACUACAUCCGCCGCACGGGCAGCUACAAGGCGCCGACCAUACUCGCAUCUCUUGUCGCUGCCGUCGCGCACACACUGACUACUAUUCGCUGGACGGGCCACACGCACGUCGCAGAGUCUUUGUACUCGUUCCCCGGCGGGCUUGGAACGGGGAUAGCGCAUUCGUCCACGUUUGUAGCGCUGACGGCGAGCGUGAGCGAGGAGGAUGCGGCGAUUGCGGCGGCGGGGUUGUAUCUGAGUGGGAAUGUGGGGAGCGUGUUGGGGUUUACGCUGGCGGCGCUGGUGAUGAAGGCUGUGGUGAGGAAGUCGGCGAUUAAGAGGUUGGGUGGGGGGAUGGAGGAUGUUGUGGGGAGGGCUUUGGAUGAUGUGGGAUUUUUGAGGAAGUUGGAGGGGAGGGUGAGGGAUGCCAUUGUGAGGGCUUAUGUUGAUGGGUUUAGGUCGUGCUUUGGACUGGCUAUCGUGUGCUGUGCUAUCAGCUUAAUAUGCGCGGUUUGUUUGAGGGUGAAGAGGCUGGAAUGA